AUGUCUGGCGAGGUUCCUCAGGAGCGGAAGGCCGUAAUGGGUCUUCCCCCAUUUGCCAUUGAUUUCUUGAUGGGUGGUGUGUCCGCUGCCGUCUCAAAAACCGCCGCUGCCCCCAUCGAGCGUGUCAAGCUCUUGAUCCAGAAUCAGGAUGAAAUGUUGAAGAGUGGUCGUCUAGACCGUAAAUACAACGGUAUCGUCGAGUGCUUCAGCCGAACUGCCAAGCAGGAGGGUGUCAUGUCGCUGUGGCGAGGCAAUACUGCCAAUGUCAUCCGAUACUUCCCUACCCAGGCCCUGAACUUUGCUUUCCGCGACACCUACAAGUCGAUGUUCAAGUUCAACAAGGACCGCGAUGGGUAUGCCAAGUGGAUGGCCGGUAACUUGGCUUCCGGUGGUAUGGCUGGUGCCACCUCGCUCCUCUUCGUCUACUCUUUGGAUUAUGCCCGUACCCGUCUUGCCAACGAUGCCAAGUCCGCAAAGAAGGGUGGUGAGCGUCAAUUCAACGGUCUCGUCGAUGUCUACCGCAAGACCUUGGCCUCCGACGGUAUUGCUGGUCUCUACCGUGGUUUCGGUCCCUCCGUUCUUGGUAUCGUGGUCUACCGUGGUCUCUACUUCGGCAUGUACGACUCCAUCAAGCCUGUUCUCCUGGUUGGUCCUCUUGAGGGUAACUUCUUGGCCUCUUUCUUGCUCGGAUGGGGUGUCACCACUGGUGCUGGUAUUGCUUCUUAUCCUCUCGACACCAUCCGUCGUCGCAUGAUGAUGACAUCUGGCGAGGCCGUCAAGUACAAGGGUUCAUUGGAUGCUGCCCGACAAAUCAUGGCUGCUGAAGGUUUCCGAUCAUUCUUCAAGGGUGCUGGUGCCAACAUCCUCCGUGGUGUUGCAGGUGCCGGUGUCUUGUCCAUCUACGAUCAGGCUCAGCUCCUCAUCUUCGGAAAGGCCUUCAAGGGUGGUUCCGGCUAA